UCGCUGACAUAUUGGACUAGUCCAUUUUGAAACACAUAAACAUCAAUGGCAAAGAUCAGUGUGUUCAGCUAAUGUUAAUACAAUACAAAUGUUUUUUUCCAUUUAUAUUACGUUUUACUCAUACAGCACAGACGGAGGCUCCCGUGGAAACAUGUAUAACAAAUAAACAUAAGAUAAUGUAGCCAACAUCUAGCUUUCUUCCCCCGCCUGAGCUGGUUAGCCGGCUACACACAGUUAGCCUUCACGAGAUACAAUAACCCUAAAAGUUUGAAACGCGUUAAACCAGGAGGAAAGUUGCGUCAGGAUGUCUGACUCUGACAGCGAUGAGGAUCAAGACCGUCCUUUCUCUAUCACGGGAUUUCUCUUUGGAAAUAUCAAUGAAGAUGGACAGCUAGAGGAUGACAGUGUUUUGGACAAUGAGUCCAAAAAGCAUCUAGCUGGUUUGGGCUCUUUGGGCCUGAGCUCACUCAUCACUGAGAUCACUGCUAAUGAAGACGAUGAUCAAGUGGGAAACAGAGACUCUUCUGGUGUGGAUGCAGAAGGUUGGGUGAAAAGCACAGAAGAUGCAGUUGAUUAUUCUGACAUCAAUGAAGUUGCUGAGGAUGAGACAAAAAAGUACCAUCAGGCCAUGGGGACUUUGCAGCCCAGCAGGAAAGCAGAUGAUGAGGAUGACUAUGAUGCAGACUGCGAGGAUAUUGAUUCUAAGCUCAUGCCUCCUCCUCCACCACCAACUCUCCCAACACCCAUUAAGAAAGAAGAACCGUCCUCUCAGACCACCACUGUUGGCGAAGAGGGCGAUGGCAUCAUCCUGCCCUCCAUUAUUGCACCAUCAUCUACGGCUGAUAAGGUUGACUUCAGCAGCUCCUCAGACUCUGAGUCAGAAACUGAUCGUCCCGGUCAGGGGUCCGGUGAUGGAGGAUCCCCAGACAGGCUCACCCUUCCUCUUGCUGGCAUCAUGCAGAAGGAUGCAGCUAAAGCACUGCCCGGUGUCACAGAGCUCUUCCCAGAAUUUAGGCCUGGAAAGGUGCUUAGGUUCUUACGACUGUUCGGUCCUGGGAAAAGCAUGCCAUCCGUGUGGAGGAGUGCCCGCAGGAAGAAGAAGCGGAAGCACCGGGACCAUCAGCCUGGGACUCCUCCUCCAGAAGGAGAACCUACAGAGCAAAGCCUGGAUAAGAAGUCUGGUUGGAUUUAUGAAUAUGCACCCCCUCCACCGCCAGAGCAGUGUCUCUCUGAUGAUGAGAUCACCAUGAUGGCUCCAGUAGAAUCUAAGUUCUCACAGACCAGUGGUGAUGGGGAUAAGGAGAUCGAGUCUCGGCCUAAAGUAGCAGAAUGGCGAUACGGUCCUGCGCAGCUCUGGUACGACAUGCUGGGCAUCCCAGAGGAUGGAAGCAAUUUCAACUAUGGGUUUAAGCUAAAAGAUCUGGUCAGUGAGCCUCCUGACCAGGACACACCUAAAGAAAUCACAGAGACUGCUCAAGAGACCUCAGCUGAUGACAACGUGGAUGGUGAUAAUAUUGAUGGCGAUAAAGACAGAGCAGACCUUGAGAAUGAGCUCUUCCUGAUGGUCACUCAACUGCAAUGGGAGGAUGAUAUUAUCUGGAAUGGGGAGGAUGUAAAACACAAGGGCACCAAGACUCAGAGGGCCAGUCUGGCCGGAUGGCUCCCUUCGAGUAUGACACGCAAUGCCAAUGCUUAUAAUGCUCAGCAGGGUCUGACGAGAAGUAAUUCACAGUUAGUGCCACCUACGCCUCCACCCUUACCCAAAGCUUCCUCGAUAUCUGGCUCCAAGCGGGACAAAAUCAGCCAUGACAAUCAAGCAGCCUCUCUGGAAGAAGACUGUCCCUGGUUCUCCAUUUUUCCCAUUGACAGUGAAGAGUUAGUGUAUGGACGCUGGGAAGACCACAUUAUCUGGGAUGACCAGGAGAUGUAUCGCAUGCUCUCACCACCCGUUCUUACACUGGAUCCUAAUGAUGAGAAUAUUAUUCUUGAGAUUCCAGAUGAAAAGGAGGAAACAACAUCCCACUCCCCAUCAAAAGAAAAUAAGAAGGAACCAGCACUGAAAAAGAGCCGCAUCCUGCUGGGAAAGACUGGGGUGAUAAAAGAUGAGCCACAGCAGAACAUGUCCCAGCCUGAAGUGAAGGAUCCCUGGAACCUCUCCAAUGACGAGUUCUACUAUCCAAAACAGCAGGGCCUGAGGGGAACCUUUGGUGGGAACAUCAUUCAGCACUCCAUCCCAUCACUUGAGCUCAGACAGCCCUUCUUCCCCACACACAUGGGCCCCAUGAAGCUACGCCAGUUCCAUCGAAAUACUCUGAAGAAGUACUCUUUUGGAGCUUUGGCUCAGCCGGGUCCACAUCCUGCCCAGCCACUGCUCAAACAGAUAAAGAAAAAGGCCAAGAUGAGAGAGCAGGAACGGCAGGCGUCAGGAGGAGGAGACAUGUUUUUCAUGAGGACUUCACAGGACUUGACCGGCAAAGAUGGAGAUCUGGUCUUGGCAGAGUACAGUGAAGAGUACCCCCCUCUCAUCAUGCAAGUAGGCAUGGCAUCCAAGAUCAAAAACUACUACAAAAGGAAGCCUGGAAAGGAUCCUGGAGCACCUGACUGUAAAUAUGGAGAGACUGUGUACUGUCACACAUCUCCUUUCCUUGGUUCUUUGCAUCCUGGUCAGCUGCUUCAGGCAUUUGAAAACAAUCUAUUCCGUGCUCCAAUCUACCUUCAUAAAAUGCCAGAGACGGAUUUUUUGAUUCUGCGGACACGACAUGGCUACUUCAUCAGAGAGCUUGUGGACAUGUUUGUGGUUGGUCAGGAGUGCCCCUUGUAUGAGGUUCCUGGGCCCAACUCCAAAAGAGCCAAUACCCACAUCAGAGACUUCCUUCAGGUGUUCAUUUACCGCCUGUUCUGGAAGAGCAAGGAUCGGCCCCGGAGAAUCCGCAUGGAGGAUAUAAAGAAAGCUUUUCCCUCACACUCAGAGAGCAGCAUCAGGAAGCGACUGAAACUCUGUGCUGACUUCAAACGGACAGGGAUGGACUCCAACUGGUGGGUGCUGAAGCCUGACUUCAGAUUGCCAACAGAAGAAGAGAUCAGAGCAAUGGUGUCUCCAGAGCAGUGUUGUGCUUACUACAGCAUGCUGGUAGCAGAGCAGCGACUCAAGGAUGCUGGAUAUGGUGAGAAAUCAUUCUUUGCUCCAGAGGAGGAGAACGAAGAGGACUUUCAAAUGAAGAUCGAUGACGAGGUGCGAACCGCUCCGUGGAACACAACAAGAGCCUUCAUUUCUGCCAUGAAGGGGAAAUGUCUAUUGGAGGUUACAGGUGUGGCUGAUCCCACAGGCUGUGGAGAGGGGUUCUCCUACGUCAAAGUGCCCAACAAGCCAACUCAACAAAAGGACGACAAAGAGCCACAACCUGCCAAGAAAACAGUGACUGGAACGGAUGCCGACCUGAGGAGACUUUCACUGAAGAAUGCCAAACAGCUGCUGCGCAAGUUUGGUGUUCCAGAGGAAGAGAUCAAGAAACUUUCUCGCUGGGAGGUGAUUGACGUAGUCAGGACCAUGUCCACGGAGCAGGCCCGUUCAGGAGAGGGACCCAUGAGCAAAUUUGCCCGAGGGUCCCGUUUCUCUGUUGCCGAACACCAGGAACGCUACAAGGAAGAGUGCCAGAGGAUCUUUGACCUGCAGAACAAAGUUUUGGAGUCGACAGAGGUGCUCUCCACUGACACGGACAGCAGCUCGGCAGAGGACAGCGACUUCGAGGAGAUGGGGAAGAACAUUGAGAACAUGCUGCAGAACAAAAAGACCAGCUCCCAGCUUUCACGUGAGAGGGAGGAGCAAGAGAGGAAAGAACUGCAGCGAAUGCUAAUGGGCGAGGAGAGUGACCGUGACCACAAGGGACGCAAGGAGCGGCGCAAAGGCUUGUCCAGUUCCUUGUCCACCAGCUCCCACAAGGAUGAUGACACAUCCUCUGUGACGAGCCUAAACUCCUCGGCUACAGGAAGGAGACUCAAAAUCUACCGCACGUUCAGGGAUGAGGAUGGCAAGGAAUAUGUCCGCUGUGAGACAGUACGCAAGGCUUCCGUCAUCGAUGCCUACACCAGGAUCAGGACCACCAAGGAUGAUGAAUUCAUACGCAAGUUUGCACUCUUUGAUGAACAGCACAGAGAAGAAAUGAGGAAGGAAAGAAGACGAAUUCAAGAGCAGUUGAGGAGACUGAAGAGGAACCAAGAGAAGGACAAGAUCAAGGGACCCCCAGAGAAGAAGGCCAAGAAGGCCAAGGAGAGACCAGACCUCAAGGUAAAACUAAAGUGCGGCGCUUGUGGAGCCAUUGGACACAUGAGGACCAACAAGUUUUGCCCGCUGUACUAUCAGACCAAUGCUCCGCCUUCGAACCCUGUUGCCAUGACAGAGGAGCAGGAGGAAGAGCUGGAAAAGACAGUUAUCCACAACGACAAUGAGGAGUUGAUCAAGGUGGAGGGCACCAAGAUCGUGCUGGGCAAACAGCUUAUUGAGAGUGCUGAUGAGGUGCGCAGGAAAUCCUUAGUGCUGAAGUUCCCCAAACAGCAGCUCCCACAAAAGAAGAAGCGGCGUGUUGGUAACGCUGUGCAUUGCGACUAUCUUAACAAACCACAUAAGGCCAUCCAUCGCAGACGCACUGACCCAAUGGUGACCUUGUCCUCUGUGCUAGAGAGCAUCAUCAAUGAUAUGCGCGAUCACCCCAACACUUACCCGUUCCACACACCAGUAAAUGCCAAGGUCGUGAAAGACUACUAUAAGAUCAUCACUCGGCCGAUGGACCUGCAGACGCUGAGGGAGAAUGUGCGCAAACGCAUGUACCCAUCGAGGGAGGAGUUUCGAGAAGCAGUGGAGGUUAUAGUCAAAAACAGCGCCACCUACAAUGGAGCAAAGCAUCCAAUAACACAGGUAGCACAGUCCAUGCUGGACCUGUGUGAUAAUAAGCUAAAAGAGAAGGAGGACAGGCUGGUGAGGCUGGAGAAAGCCAUCAACCCCCUGCUGGACGAUGACGAUCAAGUGGCUUUCUCGUUCAUCCUGGACAACAUCGUGACCCAGAAAAUGAUGGUGGUUCUCGAUUCAUGGCCGUUCCACCAUCCUGUCAACAAAAAGUUUGUGCCUGAUUAUUAUAAGGUGAUCAUAAACCCUAUGGAUCUGGAGAACCUCCGUAAGAACAUUUCCAAGCACAAAUACCAGAACCGUGAAACCUUCCUUUCCGAUGUAGCACUCGUCCAUGCCAACAGCAUUAAGUAUAACGGCCCAGACAGUCCGUACACCAAGACUGCGUUGGACAUCGUCAACGUAUGUAAGCAGACAUUGGCGGAGUAUGACGAACACUUGACCCAGCUGGAGAAGGACAUUUCGACUGCUAAGGAAGCAGCUCUGGAUGCUGCAGACUUUGAGAGUCUGGACCCAAUGACCCCGGGGCCGUACACACCGCAGCCUGCUGAUCUGUUUGACAGUGGGCCGUCGUCGAGUCUGCCCAGAGAACCCAGCAGCCUUUUCUCUGAGGGACCUCUAGUGGUUGCUUCAGAGAAGAGAGGCGGGCAGGGGCGUCACAUGAGAAGACCUGGGGAGGAAGAAUCUGAUGUGGACAUUGAAGGCUUUGAGGAGGAAGAUGACGGCAAACCCAAGACUCCGGCUCCUGCAGAAGACGCAGAGGGAGAUCUGGAGGACGAAGACGACGAAGAGGAUAUGCUGUUGCCACCUCGUAGGCGGUUGCACGACCACGAUGACGAGGAGGAGGAGGAGGAUGAAGGAGAGGACGGCAGGUCUAACCACCCCGCGCAAGCCAGCGUGCUCUACCAGGACCUGCUCAUGUCUGACGGAGAGGAUGACGCCAGUGAAGAGGAGGGCGAUAACCCAUUCUCCUCCAUUCAUCUGUCAGAGAGUGGCAGUGACUCUGACAGAGAGCUGGAUGUGCGACCUCCACCUCCACGGCGAGCUCAGGAAACGGCCCGGAUGGGUAUGGAGCAGGACGAGAGCAUGAUGUCAUACGAUGGGGACGGCGGUCCUCACAUGGAAGACAGCAACGUCAGUUAUGGCAGCUACGAGGAGACAGAGAGCCGCGGUCAGAUGCAGCCUUUGAACAUGGGCAACGGAGAAGAGUAUGGCAUCAGCGAUGAGGAGGAGGAAGAUGAAGAGGAUGAAGCCCGGAGGAGAGGCCCAGCUGUGCUGUCCCAUAUCCAACUCAGUGAAGAUGAGGAGAGUGAAGAGUUCAGAUCUAUUGGGGGAGACAGUGACAUGGACUCUGACAACUAGUUAACCUUGUUUGGGAAAUAUUGUUUUAAAGUUCCAGUGUGCAAUAAUCAGUGACGUCUAAUGGAACAAAAGGAGAAGUCACCUUUUACCGUGUGGCCUGGGUUGUCCAUUCUGGCUGUACAUGUAAAAGACUACACAAACAUACUUUUAUGUAUGUAAAUUGAAUUCCUGCCAAUCAACUCCACUAAAUGUUACACACUGGAGCUUUAAAUCACUUACCUGAGAUUUCUCAGGUGAAAAUGUACAUUUCUGUUAUUUUUGUAAAUAUGGAUUAUUAUGUUUAUAGCUGCCUAUGUACGGUGAAACUCAGCACAUUUUAACUUUUAAUUGACCUUGAAUGUGUUGGGUAACUAUAGUGCAGUGUGAUGCAUUAUGACAUUGAAAUGUUUUGUUCUUGUACUGUUUUAACUUGUAUCCUUUGCUCAAAAAAGGUUUAACUACUAAUGUUUUCUACCCGGUGCAAAAAUGUAGAAUAGAAUAAACAUGACCGACCAACGAACAAA